AGGAAAAGGAAAAGGAAAAUUUAAAAUCAAUAAGACUCUGCCACCAACGUCUUGAUUUUCAAAUUCUCCUCCCUCGUCCCUCCCUUCGCUUGGAGACUCUGCCACUGCCGACGCGAACCAUACUUCCAGUUCAAUGGCUGCUGAAAAUUUUGAACUUCUUGCACCUGCUACAUCCUGUGCAAUCUCCAAGGUCAGAGUCGUUGCUAGGGUUCGUCCAUUUCUCUCCCAAGAAAUUUCAGUCAAAAGUUCUAGGGUUCCAGUUUCAUGCAUUUCUGUGGUGGAUCAAGGGCGUAUCUCUCCCGAGGAGGUUACUGUUAAUCUCAAAGAUCCGGAAACCAGUCGAAACGAGUGCUAUCAAUUGGACUCAUUUUUUGGCCAAGAAGAUCACACGGUGAGGCAGAUAUUCGAUAAAGAAGUAAAUCCUUUGAUUCCUGGACUCUUCCAUGGAUGUAAUGCUACUGUGUUUGCUUACGGGGCUACUGGCAGUGGAAAGUCCUACACCAUGCAGGGUACUGAAGAAGAACCAGGUCUAAUGCCACUAGCCAUGUCUAGAGUUUUAUCACUUUGUGAGGAAACUGGGUGUAGAGCAGAAAUGUCGUACUAUGAAGUCUACUUGGAAAGGUGUCAUGAUCUUCUGGAACCCAAAGCUAAAGAAAUUGUAAUUAUGGAUGAUAAAGAAGGGCAAAUUCAUCUCAGAGGUUUAUCUAAGGUUGCUGUAAAUUCCAUGUCCGAAUUCCGGGAGACAUUGGCUCUUGGAGUUCAAAGGCGGAAAGUUGCUGAUACCGAUCUUAACGAUGUCUCAAGUAGAAGUCAUGGGGUUCUUGUUAUUACAGUUUCAUCGCCCGUAUGUGGUGAUUCGGCGGCUUCUGUUACCGGAAAGCUCAACCUCAUAGACUUGGCAGGCAAUGAAGAUAACAGGAGGACUGGCAAUGAAGGGAUUCGCCUUCAAGAGAGCGCGAAAAUCAACCAGUCGUUGUUUGCGCUUUCAAAUGUGAUAUAUGCAUUAAACAAGAACCUUGCCCGAGUACCUUACAGAGAAAGCAAAUUGACCCGCAUACUGCAAGAUUCUCUCGGUGGAUCAAGCCGUGCCUUAAUGAUUGCUUGCCUGAAUCCAGGAGCAUAUCAGGAGUCUGUCCAUACAGUCAGCUUGGCAGCUAGAUCGCGUCAAAUUUCGAAUUUUGUUGUUCCGAUCCAUAAACAGGGGACUCCACAAGCUAAAGUUGACAUGGAAUCGAAGCUGCGAGCUUGGCUUGAAUCCAAAGGAAAGACCAAAAGUGCACAAAGAAUCGGAGGGAUUGGUUCUCCAUUUUCUAGCAAAACUCCUUGUUCUACUGCAUCAAAAGUGAGAAAACCUCUCUUCAAUAGUUCUGCCAAAGUUAAGCAAACGGCCGACCAGAGUGACUGUAAACGAGAAAAAGAAAGGACUGUAGCCGUGGCUUUCGGAUACUUGGCUGAAAAUAAAGAUAUAGCUAAUUCUAUCACAACCAAAGAAAAGGUGAAAUUCAAUAGUCCAAGAAAGGCUCUAUCACCAAUCCACAACACUAAUGGAAUCCAAAAGGGUGUGCUGGAACUCUCGUUUACAGACCAAUUACCAGCAAGGACUCCAAAAACACCAUUCCCAGCAAACGAGGAAUUCAAAUCUUUUGGGACCCCAUUAGAUAAGUUUGAUGCCCAAGUAUCAACCCUCAAGAGUUGCGUUGCACAAGAAUAUGUGGAUUUCUUGAAUACAGCAAGCAGAGAGGAACUAGUAGAAUUGAAGGGCAUUGGAGUGAAAAUGGCAGAGUACAUUGUGGAUCUCAGAGAAACUAGUCCAUUGAAAUCGCUUGCUGACUUGAAGAAACUGGGACUCUCAUCCAAGCAGAUCCAUAACUUAUUCAGCAAAGCUGCAAUGGGAAUAUUUGGUAGAAUAGAAGAUUUGGCUGCUGUCCCUUGCCCAGAAACUUCAUUAUCCAACCAAUAAUGAAGGUAGAAGAAGACAUAGUAAUGUAUUGGGAAGUGUGCCAUAGCAACAUCCUCCAAGUUGCUGUAUGUUAAAAUAUUGUAACAGUAGAGAAGAGAACUGUCCGACUAAAGAUUUUGCCUGGUCGGCGUGAUGGGCUUCCUUCAUGUUCUCUGUAAGCCCUAUCUGUAUUAUUCAUUAACCAAAUUAUCUAUUUGUAUCACAUUGAACUUGUGGCUAUUGUAAUCUAAAUAUGAUGAUCCAGAGUGAUGCUGAUUUGUCGCAAUUUUUAUGGUUUA